AUUGAUUAGAACACCUCUCCGGUCUCUGCAGAUGAUUGCCGCGGCGCCUGGCUGAAUAUCUCCACGAAAUGCAGCAUGGAAAUUCACUUUGAUCGAGCUCAUCAUCGAAGGACGCCAUGCAGCAGGAGGAUCACUUCAUCGAGUUUGAGUCAGAAAAGUGGCACAAAGGGACAUCGAAAUAUCAGCAACUGAGGCAGCAUCUGGUGUGGUGUCUUUGAAGAUGAAGAAACCAGUUUUGAAUUCGUUUGGAGCCCUAUGAAUUGGACGGGGGAUCUUAAGAUACGCAAGGUUCGAGACAUGUUUUCUGCACGCACAGGUGCUCCGCGAUUUCAACUUCUUGCUGGCAGAGGGAAUACAUGGGAGAAGCGCUGACGUAAACAUGCGGCUGCUUCAUUCAUCCCUAUAAAUACACGCACGAAAGGUAAACAAGAGGCAACCAAAAAUUUAGAAAGAAGGCCAAGAGAAAGAGACAUUGUUUUGCAGAGUUGAACUUUGGGAAAACAAGAUUGAGAUAGAGAGACAGAAUGGAGAAGAACAGUACAGCUUCGUGUGAAGUGAUCGUGAGGAACAGGCAGGUGAUAUUGAGGGAGCAUGUGCGAGGUUUCCCGAAGGAGGUGGACAUGGAAGUGAGAGAUGGCUCGGUGAAGUUGAUGGUGGAAGAUGGUUCAUCGGGCGCCAUGUGGGUGAAGAACUUGUACCUCUCUUGCGAACCCAAAACCCGCCACCUCAUGGACACCAUUCGCCCCGGUUCUCCAAUCACUGGAUUUGGAGUGGCCCGAGUUGUGGACUCUGCGAAUCCGAAGUUCAAGAAAGGCGACCUGGUUUGGGGGAUCACCGGAUGGGAGGAGUACAGUCUAAUUGCUUCAUCGGAGACUUUCUUCAAGAUCGAGCACACCGACGUUCCUCUCUCCUACUACAAUGGCCUGCUCGGCAUGCCAGGUUUGUCUGCUUAUGUCGGUUUUUUUGAGCUGUGCUCUCCUAAGAAAGGAGAGUCUGUUUACAUAUCAACAGCUGCAGGAGGAGUAGGUCAGCUCGUCGGGCAGUUUGCGAAAUUGCUCGGUUGUUACGUCGUAGGCAGUGCCGGUAGCCAAGAGAAGGUUGAUUUGCUCAAGAACAAAUUGGGGUUCGAUGAAGCUUUCAACUACAAGGAAGAAGCGGACCUUGAUGCAGGACUGAAAAGAUAUUUCCCCGACGGGAUCGAUAUCUACUUCGAAAAUGUAGGGGGAAAGAUGCUGGACGCAGUGCUGCUCAACAUGAAGAGCCACGGCCGAAUCGCCGCGUGCGGGAUGACCUCGCAGUACAACCUCGACCAGCCCGAGGGCAUACACAACCUGAUGAAUCUCGUCCUGAAACAGGUCCGGAUGGAAGGCUUCCUGGUGUCCAGCUACUACCAUCUCUACCCAAAGUUCCUCGAGACGGUCUUGCCUUACGUCAAACAAGGAAAGAUCAUAUACACGGAGGACAUCGUUGAGGGGCUCGAAAACGGCCCCGCGGCUCUGGUAGGGUUGUUUUCAGGUCAGAAUGUCGGGAAACAGGUGAUUGUGGUUUCGCGAGAAUGAGUCACUUAAAAUUGUAUAUUCUGUUUUGUUGGGUAUUGUAUGCAAGGCUUCUCUAGGAUGUCGAUUGUGAAUGCGUCUCCUUGUACCGGGCCAUAUUACCUAUAAAUAAAACUGGCUUCAGAUGUACCAAA